UACCUCCAUAAGCAACUGGACGGUUUUCCCCAUCUAUGUCCACCCACUCGUCAACAGGCCGCCCCCUCCCGAGUCCUGCUUCCGCUCGUACUGUAGGGUGGUCGACUGAAGAGCGAAAAUGGGAGUAGAAAUUGAGACCAUAACUCCGGGUGACGGACGGACAUUUCCGAAGAAGGGGCAGCGAGUCGUGGUGCACUAUGUCGGAACUCUGGCAGACGGGAAAGUGUUUGACUCCUCGAGGUCCCGGGGGAAGCCGUUCAAAUUCAAGAUUGGACACCAGGAGGUUAUCCGUGGUUGGGAAGAAGGAGUAGCCCAGAUGAGUGUAGGUCAGCGGGCGAAGCUGAUUUGCUCACCAGACUUUGCCUAUGGCAGUAAAGGGCACCCAGGGAUCAUCCCACCAAACGCCACUCUCACCUUCGAUGUGGAGCUGCUUGGUCUGGAAGCCUGAAACCUGUGCACUCACUUAAAUUCCACUCAAAUUUUCAGGGUUGACUCCUAUCUCGGGAACAUGGAGGAAAAUGUUAUCAGAUGAUUCCUGCUCGAGUCCUGCAUAGGACCUAUGUCUAUAGCUUCAAUAGUUCACUCUCCUUUCCAUUUAGAUACAAAUUAUGUUGUCACUUGCUUUAAAACUUUAUCCUUCAUACUAUACUUUAGAUUCCACACAGUAAUAAGUCAUAGGCCAUCUCAUCCCACGUGUUUUGUCAUAUUCUGCUGUGUCUUUUUAUGGUGACACUUCUCUGUUUUAGUUUGUUUGCAUUUUGUUUUCGUUUUUUUUUUUUUUUACCUACAAUUUACAAAAUGUGUCUGCUAUCAGGACCAGGUUUUAGGUAAGUGUCAUUAGUAUUCACUCUCGUUCCUGUGGCUCCAUGGUCCUUUACACUAAAAUUGUAUUGACUGCAGGUAAUGAGUCGUCUUGAAUAAACUGUUGUUUGACACAAUGGUAUUUCUAUGAAUUACCUUUGAGAUACUUGCUAUUGGGAGAAAUUAGAAAAGGUAUGGAAUACAAUGUAACCAGGGAUUCAUUAAUCAAGCACAUUAUUGCCAUGAACAGCCUACAGGUCUCUGCAGAUGUAGGAUUGUCUUUGUCCACACUGCAGCAUCAAUUCUUAAUUUAUGUGUAAAAUGACUUUAUGAUGUUCACAACUGGACAUUAUUUGUCUCGUUGGUUGUAUAAAAAUUUUUUAGCCUAGAGAAGGUCUUGGGGGGGAAAUAUUUGGUAAAAGGUCUAAAGUUGCAUGGUAAGUUCCCCCACACAGAUCUGUAGGCACAUCUUGGGGUUUGUGACUCUAUGUGAAGGAGUUGUGUGUAACAAGCUGUGGAUGUUGUAAAAGGUCUGUUCCUUGCUCAAACACAUUAAAAGAGUAAUUUUAACACAAA